UCCGUGAGGAUCUCUCAGACAAUCAAUCGCCAUUGACUGUUUAUUAAACAAAGAUCUCCGUGCAACAUUGAUAAUGCACUCUAUUUCUCUUUGGAAUUUCUCACGAUCCCCUAAUUAUGAGACCAACGUCGACCUGAUAUACCCAUACUCUGAAGUUCCUUAUAUUGGUACCUACAAAUUGGUCAAAAUACCUCUAUCGACGAACAAAACUGUAGUGCCAGUGAGUGAGUUGAUAGAACACGUGGACUAUUGGGGUGAAGGCCGGAUAAACGCUCCGGAAGGCUCAACAGGAUUUACCAACUGCUACAAUGUGAACCACCAGUAUCAACUUGUAAGUAACGGAGAAGACAGAGAUAAGAAGAUACCAAACAGAAUUCCAGUAAUAAGUUACGCGAAUUGUAACACCAGUAGUUAUGUGAAAGACAAUUCAGUGAAACUUGUUACUUUAAUGGGAGCACCCAUUAAUAAAAGCUGCGCUGAAGACAUCGCUCGCAUGGUCAACGCUGAUUUUGGAAAAGUAGUCAUUUAUGGGUUUGGAGCCAACGCCACUGAUAUCAAGAAUCUUGAAGCAGAACUGACGAAGAAAGGAGUUCUAUUCUGUCACGGUUACAAGUUACCAGAACUUCUUACGACUGUGACACUAUUUGAUGACAUUGAUCACAGAGGAUAUCUGAACGUGACAGACUUAAGCGGAGAACUGUAUCGUAAAGUUUUUGCAGGUGAUUUCAUAAAUGCUGUAAAUAUAAGUAAGACUUUAGAGAAUAGUGGCAAUGGUGCUUCUAUAUCCGAUGUGGUGACCAAAUUACUUAAAGAAGGAAAAAGAAAUACAACACAGUACGCAUACAAACUGUGGGAUAGCGAUGCAAGGGACAUGGUUACAAAUUACUUUCCUAACGCAUUUAAAAAUAUCCUGGACCAAGAUUACGUGAAGAUUAUUAAUAAGAAGGACAGUUUCACCCUGAGGCUUGCUGAAGAAUUGGAUGAUACAAAAGAAAGGCUAGCUUUAGGCGACAGUAAAGACAAAUCAAGCGAAAAGAUUCGUUGGAAGUUCGUAGCUAUUGAGGAAAACAAAAUUCUAUACUUUAAAAUUCUAAAUAUUUCAAGUGAAAUGUUUUUGAAAUUGGAAGAUGUAGACGGUAGCAAAAAGUCGAAAGGAGGUUCAUCGGCGAUAGAAAAAAAAUCGCAAUGGUUCUUGGACCCUGUGAAAGUAGACGAUGAUCUGUUAUUUUAUAUAAUUAAUCGGGAAUUCAAUCAAGGAUUGAAAUUGGAUGAGAACGCAGAUUCAAUUGGAAAUAAGCAGCUUCUUGGCCACGAUGGAGCAGUCUAUGGACAGCCACAGGCCUUUGGAUGGUACAUUACAUCUUGGUAAUGACUAGAGUAGUUUUGAUCUUUUAUUAAUAGCAUAACUAAAGACUUGUGCUAUUUAAAGUUUCUUAUGGCGACUUCAAACGCACUCUAUAAAAAGUAAUGUAUUAUUAAAAAAAAAACUUAAUGUAUGUAUAGUAGAGGUAUAUUUUAUGAUGCUAGUAUGGUUUACUAUUGUGUUACUAUCUUGUUUAUUAAUUAAUAAUGUAAUCAUAAUCUUAGAAGCGUUAAACAAUUUGUUGUCUUUAUAGCUCGAACAAAAUGAACCAGGUAGCAAAGACAGUAAUGAAAACCGUCGAUGAAUCCGCAUCUUUGUCGAAAUCAUUACUCGAGAAUUUUCAUUCAUGCUGACAAUAAAACAGGUAUCAAUAUUAUAAUUAUUAACAAUGGCCACAAUUGGGGUUAUGGGCCAGAAUCCCUACAGUGAGAGUAUGAUGGCAGCAUUGACCUACAUUGGUGUUACGGUUGUUCGUAAGAAUAUCGUCCGUACAUGCACAGUUUACGGUACCAGCGGAAUCGAUCGCCGAUACACGCACGAUGUGUGACUACACUUGAACAUAGCUUGGUCACGAUAGAAUGGUAUGUGGUAUAGCUUACUAGCAACAGAUAAGUAGAAUUUGCGAGAGAGUUCCGCAAUCGAAGUCUAAUUAUCUUUAGACAGAUGGAAGGAUUAUUUAGAGUUCAUAAUCUAUACAACGGCCUCCGUGGUCCAGUGGUUGAGCGUGGGGCUCAUGAUCCGGAGGCCCCGGGUUCGCAUCCCGGUGGGCACAUAUCACAAAAAUCACUUUGUGAUCUCUAGUUUGAUUAGGACAUUAUAGGCUGAUCACCUGAUUAUCUGAAAGUAAGACGAUCCGUGCUUCGGAAGGCACGUUAAGCCGUUGGUCCCGGUUACUACUUACUGAUAUAAGUAUGUAGUCGUUACAUGAGCCAUAUCAGGGGCCUUUGGCGGAUCAGUAAUAACCCUGAUAUCAAGGUUGAUGAGGUUGGUAUUCCACCUCACAACCCACACGAUAAGAAGAAGAAGAUCUAUAUUCGUUUUAUUAAGAAUCCAAAGAACUGAACAACUACAUCUACUGCCCAUUAUUAUUCUGAUCAAAAUAAAGAGAAGCAAUAUAGGUAGCAACAUAAUUCUGUACAUAACAUGAUCCAAAAUCAAGCAACAGAUAUUUUUAUAUAUGUUUCUGCCAUUACAUUAUAUUUUGGAAUCAUUAUGUAACAGCCUCCGUGGUCUAGUGGUUAGAGCGUUAGGCUCACGAUCUGGAGGUCCGGGUUCGAUUCCCGAUGGGGACAUUGUCGAAAACACUUUGUGAGACUGUCCUUUGUUUGGUAAGGACUUUUCAGGCUUGAAUCACCUGAUUGUCUGAAAAAGUAAGAUGAUUCCGUGCUUCGGAGGGCACGUUAAGCCGUUGGUCCCGGCUAUUAGCCGUAAAAACACCUCCACCAACCCGCACUGGAGCAGCGUGGUGGAGUAUGCUCCAUACCCCCUCCGGUUGAUUGAGGGGAGGCCUGUGCCCAGCAGUGGGACGUAUAUAGGCAGUUUAUGUAUGUACCAGAAUAACAAAAAAAGUGGGCAAUUAUCUCGUUAAAGCUGUACAACACCAUCUAUAUUGUAUUUGGUGAACGUAGCCUGGAAAGUCAAAGUCAAAGUAUUUAUUGCACACCAUAUGGUAAACAGUUGUUAUAAAUAAUAUAGUACCACAUAUGGACCCGGGAGGGUAUAGCAAAAACCAACAAAAAUAUCAAGAAACUGGUGCUAAUUCCUGUAAACACCAUCUAAUUUUAUUUUAGGUUAUAUCUGUCAUUUUCUUAUCCGCCGAAAACGAAAGGGACGGGUAAUCGACAAGCAUAAAAUUUAUGGAACACACGUCAAUUUUAAGCACAAAUCUAAAACAACCGUCUAAAAAUUCGCCCGGGUUAUUCAUUUAUUUACUCAUUCUUCCUAAAAUUAAGAGCUGUCAAUAAUCCGUCCCUUUCCUUUUCGGCGGAUAAGAAAAUGACAGGUAUAACUUAAAGUAAAAUUAAGAGAUGUCUGCAGGAAUCGGGGCCAUUAAAUUAAGCCAUAAAUACACAAAAAACAAGUCCCUCAUUGCUUAGUGAUUUCGUGUUUUGACGUUUAGUAAAAAGUAACUGAUUUGACUAGUUGGAAACUACACUAUUAAUAUACUAUAUUAUAUGCUUUAACGGUAUAGCGUGUCGCUACUUUAUGUAUAAGUAUAUACAUAACUUAGUACUCACAAUAGCUUAUGAAACAAACCACACCUAGGUAAGUACUAAGGGAUUUUUUCUCCCUCUUAUAUAAAAGGUUUACCAACAUUACAGUUUGUUACAUCUGCAUUACAUUACUAUAUUACACUACUAUUACAUAGUAAUCAAUCAAGUAUAGUGCAAUGGACUCAAAUGUUCUGCUUUUAAUUAGUGCAUUUAUAGACGUGUUGAAAGGUACAGUAACGGACACAAGUGUUAGAGCGGCUAUAAGUUUGUGUACUGGCGCGUUUACUAGCGUUCAUCAUCACGAAUUUAAGAGUCACGCUCUUGUCGGUGUAGUAUUCACUGUGCCUUUUCAACCCCCCUGUUAUAAUGUAACUAUAAUAUUAUUCUCUCACACGACGCCCAAACUGGGCACCUUGCUUAUCUUAAAUAUUGUACCGGGUGAGAGUCCAUAUAUACGUACAUCUCCACAAAAAGUUACUUACUUGCCUCGGCGCAGCGACACGAAGAAGAUCUUGGCGUCCGACACCAAAAGACGACAUUCCUAUCGGUUCUGGUCUGCUGCCAAGCAGCACGCCUCUCAGCCAGGUCAAUUUCCACCACAUCCCUCCAGUGGUAUCAUGAACUACCCACCAGUCUUUUGCCGUCAUAAGAAGAUUACAACAAAAGAUUUCCUUGAGAACACCUUAUCAAACAAACUCGCACACAUAACGUUUUUCCUUCGAAUCAUCACUUUUCCUCACGUCUGUCUGUCAUGUCCCCAGUUGAAUGGGCUUACUUCCGCACAAUGCAGGGAACCCAGACAUUUCCACGGUAUUUAGCAUAGCUAGACAGUACGCAGUACGCGGCAUUUAGUAUUGUCCUAUCAUUGCCUAGGUAAAUGAGUAAGGGGCUAUUUGACUUGUAUGGUUUAUCUACAAAGUUUUCAUUCAUAGUGGCUGUGAACCCAGUUGUAAGAACGCUUGACUCUCACUGUGAGAUCGUAGGACUAAAUCCAAACACCGUCCUAAACCAAUAAUUUUCGAAAUUGGAUAUUUGACUGGGUCAAACAUAAAUCCAACCAAACAUAAGGAGCCAGUCUAAGAUGUUCAAAAAUCAAUCUCAUUUUACUUUUCGACUUAUUUUCGUCGUAGUAACAAUGAGUACGUUUGACCGCUUUUAUUGAUGACGUCACAGGACAGUAUUUCCAUACAAACUCCAAAGAAAACUUUCGUUUUGACGUUUCGUAAAAAUUAUCUCAUUUGUCAAGUAGCCUAUUGUUUUUAAAUUCUCGGUUGGACCAUUAAAUGAUUAUAUGAAAACAUCGUAAAGAAUCCUACAUUCCCGAAAAAUGCGUUUCGGAGGUAGAACCUAACUUGUAUUGGGCUGGUUUUCCCUUCGCGAGAUGGAAGGUCAGACAGGCAGUCGCAUCUGUUAAAACCGGACUUGUAUUUUUGCUGAUAAACAGCUCUACCUACCGCGAUAGAUACAGAGAUGACUUUAAAAGAUUUUACAAAGAAUCACGAACGCAGCGUUAGUUACCUACAAGAUGAUUUCUGAACUUUUUACAGUCUAUCACAAUCCCAUUGACAUAUUUUAAUAAAUUAAAUAGCUAAUUAUUUGAUACGCAACAUAUUAUAAGUAGAAUUUAAAUAUUUAGGUCACAGUUACAUCACUGGGCACUUUGUUAGUAAUCAUUAUUUCGAUUGAUUAUAAUAUAAUAAUAUGUAGCUAUUGAACUUUAAAUUUAUCCACGUAUCUAUUUUUAAACUAUUUCAAAUAUCUUGCCCAACGCUUAAUUACCAUACCAAAAUAACGUUACACAUCUGCUCAUAAAUAAUAGAAAAGUAAUCCGAUUAUGAAAUCGAUAAUCAACUUAUUUCGAAAAUCGGUAAUCUACAUAACAACCUUGCAAAAUGAUUAUUAAUGAAUUGAAGUUAAUAUUAUGAAAGUAAACGUAUUGUUAAGUAUAUAAAUAUAUGUAGGUACUUCUUUGAAUUAUUAAUACUUUCAUAACUAUAUUAGUAGGCACCAAUGUGAAUAAUAAAAUUAUGUUACCUAAUAGUUUAGAAAAUAUGAAAAGUGAAGAUCCCUUUUGGCUUGAUUUACUUACAAUAACUAUAAUAUUUAUAUUAGCUAAUGACGAAAAAGUUCGUUAAAGAACUAGGGCGACGUCUGCGAGAUCUUGGUCGCGACCCCCGCUCCGGAUCAUACCUUGUUCAGCACAUCUCGCUGGCCAUCCAACGCGGCAACGCGGCCAGCGUGAUGGGUACAUUUCAGCCGGGUAUGCUCCGAGGCGGGCUAUUUGACUAACUUUAAGUAAGUACUUUAAUUGAUAUCUAGUUUUCAAGCUUUAGUGACAUUGUAAAGAUUUCAUGAUUUUGAGCUAAUAAAAAUUUAACUUUUUAAUUGUAAUAAUUUGUUGAUGCGUAAGUAUUAUGUAAUAAUUAUGAACGUACUUAUAUCAAUAUCAAUGAUUAACUUGUAUAUGUCUGAUUUUUAGAUUUAGAUCAGUUAUAUUUUCGAAGAAAAAGGCUGAUUUUCCCUUCGCGGGAUGGAAGGUCAGAUAGUUGCUUGUGUCAAACCGGACCUGUCAAAUCUUCAUGUUAAGUAAGCGGACCCUGUGAAAACGGGAAAACGCUAGGGAGAUAAUGAUGAUAUUUUCAACCAGAAUUCUGGGGGGUUAAAAUGGUCACAUCGAAGCAAUUCAUCUAAGAAAGCAAUAGUGCAAUUUGACAUUUGCGCAUAUAAAAGUAAGUGCGCAAUGCAAACAAAUGUCAAAUAGCACUAUUGCUUUCUGAGAUGAAUUGCUUCGAUGUGGCUAUUUUAACCCCCCUGAUUCAAUAAUAAAAACUAAUUAAGACGAUAAAUCUCAGUGUUGCGAACUCUUCAAAAUUAAAAAAAAAAUCGCUGGUUUUAUAAUCUUUUUUAGUAUAUGUUUUUUAUAUUUCUUCUUUUUGACGUUUUUUUUAUCUUGAUUUUGUUUCGUCCUUAUGUCUGGUGCUUCUUUGAUAAACAUUGGAAUAUUAGUA